AUGGCAGAAUUCUGGCCCCUGAAGAAGGAUGCAUCGCAAGUUAAGCGAACCAAGGUCGAGAUAAUCAAGGAGAAGAGCAAUUUUAUUCGCUACCCUUUGAAUGAGGAGCUGGUCUCAGAGGCUCCCAACGUCAACGAAACUGCUGUCGAGCUGAUUAAGUUCCAUGGAAGCUAUCAGCAGAGCGACCGAGAAGUCAGUGGCCGGAAGAAUUACUCAUUUAUGCUCCGGAUAAAGAAUCCUUCCGGAAAAGUUCUAAACCAGCUUUACUUGGCUAUGGAUACACUGUCUGAUGAGUUUGGGAUUGGAACGCUCCGUCUGACAACCAAGAAAACAUUUCAGCUGCACGGCGUUCUUAAGAAGAACUUGAAGCAUGUCAUCAGCACUGUGAUUAAGAAUAUGGGAUCAACCUUAGGUGCUUGUGGAGAUCUCAAUAGGAAUGUGCUUGCACCUACCGCACCAUAUGUGAUAAAAGAUAUUCUUUUUGCUCAAGAAACAGCAGAGAAUAUUGCAGCACUUCUCGCGCCACAGUCAGGGGCUUAUUAUGACCUGUGGGUGGAUGAAGAGAAGAUAAUGUCAGCGGAAGAACCUCCUGAGGUCACCAAAGCGCGAGAUGACAACUCACAUGGAACAAACUUUCCUGAUUCUCCUGAGCCAAUCUACGGGACCCAGUAUCUGCCCACGAAGUUCAAGAUUGCGGUCACAGUUGCUGGUUAUAACUCUGUUGAUAUUCUGACGAAUGACAUCGGUGUUGUUGUAGUUUCCGAUAGUGCAGGGGAGCCUGUUGGCUUUAACCUCUAUGUUGGAGGUGGCAUGGGAAGGACACACAGAAUAGAAACCACAUUCCCUCGGCUGGCUAAUCCACUUGGUUAUGUUCCUAAGGAGGAUAUAUUAUAUGCUAUAAAGGCAAUAGUUGUUACACAGAGGGAAAAUGAAAGAAGAGAUAACCGCAGGUAUAGCAGACUGAAGUAUCUGCUUGACAGCUGGGGAAUUGACAAGUUCUGGGCUGAAGCUGAAAAAUAUUAUGGAAAGAAAUUUGAAGAUUUCCGUCCAUUGCCAGAAUGGCAGUUCAACAACUACCUUGGGUGGCAAGAGCAGGGUGAUGGUAAAUUAUUCUAUGGAGUGCACAUUGAUAAUGGUCGUCUUGGGACCAGGAAGGCGAAUCUUUUGGGAGCUUCACAAACACAAUGGUGAGCGGAUUAUGUUCUUCCAUCGAAUACUAUUGCAGUUUAGUCAUUUGGGAAGGAAUUGUUUGGACCUUCCGAGAGAAUAAGGGAGACAUUUAGUCAGAAGCCCCCAA